CCAUAUGUCAUGAUUGGUUAGCCCAUUUACUCCUUAAAAGGAGAACAACCUACUACUUUUUUCCUCUAACAAUUUAACGAAAUCGAAGCCUCUGCAAUUCAAUAUUCAUGGCUCCAAAUUCGGCUCUCCGUGUCGUCCUCAAUCUGUCGAUGAUCAUAUUAUUUGCUGCGUGGAUAUGUAUAUGGAUUCUAAAGCCGACAAAUGUGUGGAAGAGAUCAUGGCAUGUUGCAGAAGAUCGAGCAAAUGCUACGUUCCUUGGCGACUACGGCCUCAAUGUGAUAGUAUUCUGCUUCCCAGUUUUAGGCGUCGCAACUCUAGGAUACAUCUAUUUGCAUCUGUGUCAGAAGAACGGGUACUUACGCAGGAAGAAGAGACCUCUGACAUCAACAACAAUCGCGAAUCCAGUAGUUGUAAGUAGCCCUGUCGGCGUAGUAUCAUUCGGUGAGCUUAUUGCGACAUCUCUGUAUAUAGUUUUCCUGGUUUGGACCUAUUACUCGAAUGUCGCGAGCGAUUUCAAGAAGAUGACACCCUAUGCCUCUCUAAAGUUGAAUAGAUGGCAGCUAAAGAUGAUGCAUAUGGGAGUACGCAUCGGCUCGCUCAGCGAGGCUUGCCUUGCAAUCCUGCUUUUGCCGAUUCUAAGGGGACUUUCUAUUUUCAGGAUAAUUGGAGUUCAGUUUGAGGCUUCUGUUAGAUAUCAUGUUUGGAUUGCUAAUGGAAUGAUACUUCUCUCCACUUUGCAUGGCCUGAGUAUCAUGUUUAUUUGGGCUGUUAAUAAGCGCUUUUCAAAGGAGAUAAUAAAGUGGCAGAGAGUAGGGCGCGUGAACAUCGCAGGAGCUUUUGCUCUCGCGACAGCUGCGAUCAUCUGGAUAACAUCACUCCCCUGGAUAAGAAGGAAACAGUUUCAGGCUUUCUUCCUAGCCCAUCACUUGUAUAUAGUAUUCAUCUUGUUUUUCUUGUUGCAUGCGGGGGAUCAGCAUUUCUAUCUGGUGUUUUCCGGUGUUCUUCUAUUCGCCCUUGACAAGAUACUACGGAUAAUACAAUCGAGGAGUGAAACAUGCCUUAUUUCCGCUCGCAUAUUGCCUUGCAAAGCAGUAGAACUCACUCUACCUAAGCACCCAAGUACGAAGUAUACUCCGACAAGUAUGAUUUUUAUAAAAAUACCGAGCAUAUCGAAACUCCAGUGGCAUCCUUUUAGCAUUACAACAAGCUGCAGCAGAAAUGCUGAGAGGCUUUGUGUGUUAGUUAAAAGCCAUGGGCAGUGGACUGAAACACUAUAUAAUAAGAUACAUGCCAUGACAGAUACCAAAUUCGAUCAGGCGAAGCAUGUUGCUGUCGCAAUUGAUGGUCCAUACGGUCCCGUAAAUUCCCCGUACCAAAGAUAUUCCAGUUUAGUUUUGAUCGCGGGAGGAUCGGGUAUAACUCCAUUUCUUAGCAUUUUACAUGACAUUGCUUCGAGAAACAGCAAUACGAAGAGGCGCCCUACAAAGAUACUAUUGAUAUACUGCGUCAAGCGAAUACAAGAUCUCAGCAUGCUAUCACCGAUUUCGUCGUUACUCCGUAAACAGCCCAGUGAACUUGAAUAUCUGGAGCUAAAACUUUACGUAACGCAAGAACAUGGAUCGGCUAGUGCAGCGUGCGACUUUCUGCAUGGCAAUUCGCAUGUCGAAACAGUCGUCAUGGACUGCGAACCUCACCAAGAAGUUGUGCCAAUGCAAGAAGGGCUCUUGUGGAAUGCGAUGAUCACCGCAUUAUCCUUCGUUAUUUUUCUCGCCUCACUUGUGUGCCUAAACCACAUUGUAUUCCACCGAAAUAAGAAACCCUCGCAUCAGAAAACCCCGUCGUGGAUUAACGAUUUGUUGGUCUUCUCUUCCUUCGUGAUAGCAACAAGCUGCUGCGCCGUGGCGACUGUUCUCUAUAGGUGGAGAAAAUCAUCGAACUAUUGUAGCGACAAAUAUGCAGAACAGCAAUCGAUGAAAGAAGAGGGUUCACUGCAACAGCAUGAAGUGAACUUCAGAAAAAGGCCAAACUUAUCAGACAUACUUUCAGAAUUGUCGACUGAAACAGAAGGACAAAGAGUAGGAGUUUUUGUGUGCGGUCCGGGCUCGAUGCAGGAGUCAGUUGCAUCAUUCUGCAGAAAAUGCAACCUUAAGCUCAAAAACGAUAAGAGUCGAAAGUGUUUCUUCGACUUGCACUCUAUUAAUUUCUCUCUGUAACUGUCCUCAAAUGUACAAAUAUUACAGCAUUGUUUGAGUGUCAUUUGGAGGUGUGUGUUUUGAUCUUCUACUUAAUAAUAAUUGCACAACUAAAACCCCUGUUCUUUUA